AAUAGGCGACACACACAUUUCUUUUCUGGUUUAAACUGUCUGGGAUUUCAGACUUGCAUGAACAUCUGAGUGGGGAGAGUCAGUCUCAACACUGAUGUCUGCAAUGAGGGCUGCCCUGUGGCUAGCAUUGGCAGUGCUAUUCUCCCAAGACUGUGGAAGUGGUGAAGGCAGUGUUUUGGAGCUAGUUUUGACCCUGUGGUGUUACCGGCCCCGCCUGAAAAUCCCACUGCUGGCGCUCAGCAAGUACGGCUGCUACUGUGGCUCCGGUGGCUCUGGGAGUCCCCUGGACACUGCGGACCAGUGCUGCUUCCGGCACGACUGCUGUUAUCGCCAUGCCAGGGUUGCUUUGAAAUGCCACAGCAGGGUCAAGUGGAAGCGCUACAAACUCUCCUGCAGGACUUCGGAGACUGAAUGUCACUCAACCAACCUCUGUGGCCGGGCAGCAUGCGAGUGCGACAAGCAGCUGGCUGAGUGUUUGACCGGAGCAAAACCAAAGAGGAAAUUUUACAACAGGGAGGAUCUCUGCAGGGGGCCCAAGGAACCUUGCCCAGCCAUCCACCAAAACUGGACAGAAACCUCUCAUUCGGGAAGCCCUCCCACUCCAUCCAACUGAGGAAGAGCUGAACUCUGAAUAGGAACUGCCUGGGGAGAAAACAGCGCCUGGUUGCAAAGGACACACACAGCUCUAAGCUGGGUAUGUUUAUCUUGGAGAAAAGAAGAAUGAGAGGGGAGAUGACAGCCAUCUUUAUUUGAAAGGAUGUCAUAAGGAACAGGAAAUAGGCUCAUUUUCUGCUGCCUUGGAGGAUUCAAACUGCAGGGGGAAGACAUUCCACCUAAACGUUAUAACUUCCUGAAAGUAAGAGCUAUUCAACUGCUUCAUAGCAUAGCGGAAUCUAUUUUCUCUUUUUAAGCCAGUGGUUUUCAACCUUUUUUUGACCAGGGACCACUCUCCAACAUUAGUACCAAAAUGGUUGCGAAUCAGUUUUUGGUCAACUUUAGAUUUGAUUUAGUUAUUUGGAAUGCUGAUUCAGAAAAUUGCAUUGGAUAGACCACAUCAGCUCGUUUCUGAUACAGAACGUAUGCCAUCCAGUAGUCGCCAUCUGCUCGCCCACAGAAAAUCAUAUUUAAUAAUCUAGAGUUGAUGUAGUAGUGGUAAUCUUUUGUGGGUAGUCAGCCUCUCCCCUCUCAUUGCUUUGCCACUAUAAGAGGGUUUUGCGAGACCAGUUGCUUUAGUUGCCGCAUGGUUUCAAGGCAAUGAUUUAGUAAUGUGAAGCCGUGGACCCAGAGGCGGCCCUAGGUAAUUUUCAAUGGUAAGCAAACAGUAUUUUGGCGCGCCCGCCCCCAAACCAAUCACUGAUAUAUAUUUUCUGUUCAUCGUGGGAGUUCUGUGGUUCAAUUCCAUCAUUGGUGGAGUUUAGAAUGCUCUUUGAUUGUAGGUGAUCUAUACAUCCCAGUAACUACAACUCGCAUGUCAAGGUCUAGUUUCCCCCAAGAGCGCCUCAAGAGCACCCCUGGGCAAAAUCAACUAUACUGCUAAUGCUUACUUUGUGUAAUGGGUUGAGCCGCCCCUGCGUGGACCAUAUUUUUAUUCUUACGGACCACAGGUUGGGAACCACUGUUUUAAACAGAGGCUGGAAGGUCAUCUGUCAGGAGGGCUUUGAUUGUGUUUUUCCUCAUGGCAAAAAUGGGGUCGAACUGGCUGAUCCAGUUAUAGGAUUCCACGACUACGAACUUGACACCCAUGUUUCUAGACUGAACUCGUCUGAAGCCACCGAAUGCCGCUUUCUGGUGACUCUCUGCAUGCCAAUACUGGAAGAGGAAAGCCUGGAAGAAGGGCCUAAGGGGAGGGACAAGGGGUGGCGGCCUUCCUAUGAGAAAUGAAACCUAGUUUCACAGGCCUUUCACUUUCUCUGCCAGAGUUUUGGUGCCUCGCCAAAGUACAACUCUCAGGAGUCCAUUGCGGGGUCAAACUGUAGUCAUUUUACAGUGUUGAUCAGGCCUGGGCGAAGUGGGGCCCUCCAGGGGUUUUGGACUCGAACUCCCACCAUUCCUCACAGCC